AUGUUUGGAAAUACACAGCAACAAUCAACAGCCCCUUCAUUUGGGGGAUUUGGAUCUUCUUCUUCAGGCAUGAACACUGGAUUCGGCGCUAAACCAACUUCUGGUGGUGGAUUGUUUGGAUCAUCAACUGCACCUUCAACACAACCACCAACAAGUGGAGGAGGAUUAUUUGGCAAUAAGCCAGCAGGAACAACAACUGGUGGUCUCUUUGGUUCACAACCACAACAACAGCAGAGUACAGGAGGUGGAAUGUUUGGACAACAACAACAGCCACAACAACAACAACAACAACAACAACCGGGUGGGUUAUUUGGGCAACAAGCACAAGCACAACAACCUGCAACUGGUGGGCUAUUCGGCGCAAGGCCAGCUACAACAACUGGAGGAGGAUUGUUUGGCCAGUCACAACAACAACAGCAGCAGCAGCCUGCUGCUGGUGGAUUAUUUGGAGGUAGUUCAAACACGGGUGCUGCUGGUGGUGGAGGGUUAUUUGGUUCGAAGCCAGCUGGAACAACUGGAGGAGGAUUGUUUGGCCAACAACAACAACAGCAGCAGCCAGCUGCUACAGGUGGGCUAUUUGGUCAACAACAACAGCCAGCUGCUUCUGGUGGAUUGUUUGGACUGAGCACGACUGGCGCCAGUGGAGGUGGUUUGUUUGGAAAUAAACCAGCUGGUACUACUGCUGGUGGAGGAUUGUUUGGAUCAAGUGGAACUGGUGCAACCACUGGCGGUGGGUUAUUUGGUGCACAAAUGCAACAACAACAACAGGCUCAACAAAUACAACAACCACAAUUGACAGCUAUGACUAGAGUAGGAGAUCUUCCUCCAAAUAUAAAAAAUGAAUUAGAACAAUUUGAUAAAUAUAUAAACACACAACAUUUGAUUGCAACAACUUUGAAUUCAGAUUAUACCAAACAUGAUUAUUUAAUAAAUACAAUUCCAAAAGAUAUCAAUUAUUUACAUAAUAAAUUAUUAUCAACUAAGCAAGCAUUAAGAUUUGAUUCUGAACAAUUGGUACAACUUAAGAAUUUGAAUAAUGAAUUAACUGAAGAUAUAACCAAAAUCAUGCAAUUGAUCUUACAAUUAAGUACUCCGGGAACAAAAUUAUCAAGUUCUUUCCAAUUGAAUGAAUUUUUUAUUAAGAAAAUUAAGAAAUAUUAUAAGAUUAUAAAUCAAUAUGAAAAUAUGGUUAAUGAAUUAGAACUGAUUUUGACGGGAUUAGAAAAGAGUUGUACUGAAGGUUUUGGGAAUUUAUUUAGUAUUGUUCAAGUCAUAAAAUCUCAAUAUGGUUUGUUUAUGGAAUUAUGUGAGACUAUGGCUCAAUUACAUAAUGAAGUUAAUAGAUUAUCUAAAUAG